UUUAUUUAGCGUGACAUCAAAAUUUAUUAAUAAAACAUAUUAAAAAAAUAAUAAUUACAAUUUAACAAAUCUGUGAGUGUUUUAAGUACAAGAUAACAAAAAACGAUGGUUGAUUCAAAAAAGAAUUGUGAUACUAUCGAUAUCUUUAACAGUGGUUUUCUCCCGUUUCCAAAACAUUUUACAACUACUUGUAUACACGCAGCCCAAGAACCGGAAAAAUGGAAAUCUUUAGCCAUAGUUCCUCCCAUAAUUAUGUCUUCAACCUUUAAACAACCAGAACCUGGCCAAAUAACAGGAUAUGAAUAUGGACGUUUUAAUAAUCCUACCCGAGAAACUUUAGAAGGAAUAAUAAAAACUUUACAUGGCGCCAAAUACGCUUACAUCUUUGGAUCUGGAAUGGGAGCAUUCUCUUCAUUGCUUGGAUUACUUAAAGCAGGCGACAACAUCAUAUGUACCGAGGAUAUUUAUGGCGGAACAAAUAAACUAUUCUCUGAAAUAGCUGUUCCAAUGGGCAUGACGUUAACAUAUGUAGAUCCAACCAAUACAAGCGAAUUUGCAAAAGCUGUACAGCCGAAAACAAAGCUGAUAUGGGUAGAAAGUCCAACGAAUCCUUGUUUAAAAUUAGUCGAUAUUCAAGAAGUUGCCAAAAUUGCCCAAAAAAAUAAUAUAAUAUUAGGAGUGGAUAAUACUUUUGCAUCCAUUUAUUUGCAACGUCCGCUCGAUCUAGGUGCUACUAUUUGCGGUUACUCGUUGACUAAAUAUAUGAACGGACACUCUGACAUUAUUAUGGGUUGUAUGGUCGUAAAUGAUGACGUUCUUGGAAAACGAUUGCAAUUUUUGCAAAUGACAAUUGGCGCUGUUCCGUCACCUUUUGAUUGCUCUCAAGUAAUUAGAGGAAUAAAAACAUUAGAAAUAAGAAUGCAUCAACAUAUGAUCAAUUCGUUAACUGUAGCUAAGUUCUUGGAAUCACAUCCAAACGUGGAUAAAGUUGCACAUCCAGGUUUACCCUCGCAUCCUCAGCAUGAUAUUGCAAAGAAACAAAUGUCAGGCCACAGUGGAAUGAUAGCACUUUAUCUUAAGGGAGGUGUGAAUGAAGCCAAAAUAUUUCUUAAGGCUUUAAAAAUAUUCACAGUCGGAAUAAGUCUUGGGGGUUACGAAAGUUUGGCACAAGCUCCUUUUUUUAUGACCCAUGCAUUGAUCCCUGAGGAGCAAAGGAGGAGAGCAGGAAUUGUUGAAGGAUUAAUCAGGAUGUCAAUUGGCUUAGAAGAUCCUGAAGAUUUGAUUGCUGAUUUAAAUCAAGCAUUAAAUAAAAUGACACAAGGUCAUACAGGGGGAGAAGCCUGUGGUGCGAUGAGUAACAGAUGUCGUUGUUCACAUUAGCAAUAAAAAAGGAAA